AUGUUACCUUCCUUAAACGAAUUGAUUAAAAAGUUUGACGAAUUUAAAGACAAACAAAGGUUGAAUACUGAUAUUCAUCAGAAUUUGAAACCAAUAGAUGUUAAACCAAUAGUAGAUGUUGCUUCUCCUGCAUGUUACCCUUCAUCAUCCCAUACUCAAAGAGAACCACCCAUCAUUCAUUCUAAAUAUUACUCUUCAACAACAUGUAAUUCUCUAAGAUCUUCAUCUAAUAUUUACCAACCAUCACCACACAAUCACCCUCAUCAGCUCCAUCAUUACCCUAGUCAUCUUCAGCAAACCUCAUUCACCAAAGUAAUGCAUGUGGAUCAUGAUCCAAGCUAUUUUGAAUCUCUUCAUUAUCAUACUGGAGGUCAUGAAACGAUAAUUAGCAAUAAUAGUCUUGCACAAAUUGUUGAGCCACCGCCACAUGCUCUUAGUGACAUGCCACAUGCCCUUCCUCCAACUUUGGAAAUGUGUCCAACAACUUCUAGUAAUAAUGCAUCUUCGUCGAUAUGUAAUAAGCAAACUUGUUUCCUUCCUUCUUCAUCUCAAAGUACAUUCACGACGGAUGCAGCAAAUAAUAGAUCAAAUAGCAAUAGUCCAAAAAAUAGUUCUUCACAGAAUAGUUCCACAAACUCUUUCCAGUCCUCGUUUAAUGUAAAUAAGAAAAUUCCAAAAAGCAAAAUUUCCAAAAAAUCAAAAGAACCCAUUCAAUUCAAAGCAUUUUCCAUCUCAUUAGAUACAUCUAAAAUCAAAUUUAUCAAUGAGCAACAUCAGAAAAUUGGGAUUAAUGAUGGAUCAUGGACUGAGCAGGAACAUGCCAAUUUCAUUCGAGGUUUAAAUGAAUGUGGAAAAGGAAAAUGGAGAGAAAUUGCAGAGGGUUAUGUUAAGACAAGAACAAGCCCACCUUAA